GAAGUGCUUCUGGCGUAGCUGGAUUUAUUUGCGGUCGCAAUUCUGAAGCUAACUAAAACCGCACGUAUUUAGAGGUGGAAUUAAGUCGUCAUUCUUCAGAUAGGGUAGGGUUCCGGCCUUCUGGAAUACGGUUGCAUAGAGAUAAAGCAAGCCUUUCCAGUUGACAUUGUUGCUGAGUGGGAAAAAGAGCGCGCGCGCGCACACCGGACACAUUAUUCUUUAACUUUCCACCAGGAUGGAGUGUCGAGAAAAGGCAGGAAUGUGUACAGUUGUGCGUAAGCCAGCAGAAAAAUCUCACGUGCUACAAAGCACCUGAAAAAAGAAGCAUGUCGUAGGUUUUUUUUCUCCAACAAAUUACCAAUAAAGAUGACCACAUUUGGAUGCAGUAUACGUUCGAAAAUCAAUCAUUGCUUCGCAUCGUUGAAAUCAGUUGUACUGCAUUUUCUUGAUGUGUGUGGUUUGCUUUUCAUUCUUUUCCCCCUGUGUGCGCCGUGGUACCUCUCCGAAGAAGCCAUUGUUCAUUCGCACACAUACAUGCUAUUUGCCGGGCACGAACGCGCGCGCGCGCAUUGCUCGUGUGUUCCACACAUGUUGCGUUUCGUUCACACAUGAAGCUUUUUCAUUCCCCCACAUUAGCGAAACACAUAUACACUCUCGCAAACAAUCCAGUUUUCCGUCGACGACGUAAAAUCAAAUCCAAAAAAUGACCGGUAGCAAAAAGAAACCUACUGAAGAAACCGGCAAAUGAGCUAAGAAGAAGCGUCCAUGCGAUAGGUGUGAGUGCGAUACCGCGCUUUGUGAGUGAAAGGGAAUGAACUUGCGAGCAACAAUUUGUUCCGCGUUGCGAGAGUGAUGAGAGAGUGUGAGAUUGCGUUUCACCGGUAGAAAUUAUCCGAGUAUGGGUGCAUGUUUGUCUUAUUCUUGUUACUUUCUGGAGAAGAAGCCUUUUUAUCUGGCAACAUUCGAAAAGGGAAAGACAAAAGGAUGUGUGCAAAUGUGUGUGCGCUCACCCGAUUGAAAGGUUGAAGCUUCUUUUUGCUCUUUUGUUUUGUUUGUUCAACUGUGCGCACACUCUUUUGUUCGUAUCGCUUUCUUUGAAACUGGUGUGAAAUAUGUGUGCGUGUGUGCAGAGAGAGAGAAAAAUUCUGCUAUCCCUUUCUCGCACGUACGCACGCACACUACAUACAGCGUGUGGUUAAGAUUUCUGGAGAUAAUGACAAACGCGUUCUCUCUUGAUUUCACCCGACAGCCAUUUGUCAAAAACGCCCGUUGGCCUCGGUUUACUUUUCAUUCUUCUCCCGUACAGUGUAGACGGCGGUACUCAGUUAGUGCGCGCGCGCGCAUACAUUCGCCCUUUUUCCAUUCGGUGUGCUCUGGCCAGGAACAGUGAAGUCUAAGUCGGAACAGUAUUUAACCUCCAAAAUUGAAGCUGUGCAUUAAUGCACCGUCGUGUUGAACCAAUUUGCUAAGAUGGCAGCGUGUAAAAUUCGCGAGUGCGUGUACAGUGAUGGCGUCGGUGGCAACAGAUGGUUUGCCGUACUACAUUGUUGCGAUAUACGGUGUGCCGGAAAAUGGAUGCUUCCCGGCAUAAAAUAGCAACUCUCGAGCGCUCCGGUAGACUAUCUGUCAUGAAACAGCAUUUCGUGUUCGAUGCUGGGUCGAUUAAUCUUUCUCAGCCCGCAUCCAGUUUGAACAUGCAGAAGAAAACACAUAAUGGCGUGAGUGAGAGGUAUGCUGAUAGAAACCGGUAGGUUAAAUCAAUGCUGCCAAUAUUCGGAACCAAAUGUGAGUGCUCAGGAACGUUUGCGGGAAAAUGAAAUAUGCAAUCCAAUAUUCCAAAAUGAGGAAGAACAUAAAGUCAUAAUUCUUUUGUUGGCUUAAAUUGGUGAAUUUUUUGUGGGACUUUCUGCACAGUUUUCGUUCUCUGCUGUUAACGAUAGAAGCGAAAACCGAUGCUCGGUCUGCAUUGUGUGCGUGUGGAGAAUAGAAUUGUGUGUGGGUUUCAAAGAACUAGCAAUCGUUCGAAUUUUGGAAGGGACUCCUCUGUAUUCAACGCCAUGGAAAAAUUUAACCGCAGAGAUAAAUCCAGCCUGCUCCUCGAUUUCGACAUGUUGGUUCCACAUUCGGAGUUGCAAUAAUGGCUGCUGCGAUUGGUGAUUACUUCUUCGACGAGUAUGUUUGACAUGAAGCUUCUUACAGCACGUGCACAAAUGUGAGCUUCAUUUCUCAGAACAUUACUUAUCGAUUGUCGCGAUUGUCGUGCGUUUAGGGGAACUGAUAAACUACGCACGAUAAGAAAAAGAAACUUGCCAACAACGACGGUUGUGAUUUCUAUGCAGCUAAAAAGGGAAGAGAGUGUCGUUAUCGGUCGAUUUGCCUGCAGAUCAUUACCCUUGCCAACCCGGACAGAAAAGCUCAACGACGCGCGCCGUACAGUGGAACAGGAAGGGUGGGGUUGGGAUAGCAAAGGAUUUCCUUCCAUCUGCCGCAACCACCAAACACCUCACUAGCCAAAGCAGAGCCCCCUUUGUAUCAUUGUUAACGAGGAAUUUUCACCUAGCGUGUUGUGUGGGAAUCGAGGAGAGAACUCUGUUUGGAAGGAAGCUGGUCGUAUACACAUCCGUGUGGGAAUAAAAUUUGCAGAGAGCGCGAGCGAAUUGGCAUCCUGUGUUACACAAACUGGCGCAAGCAACAUCUGUUUCUGGGUAAUGAAGUAAAGAGAGUAACGCGCCGUGUCCGUGUCCGUGUCCGUUGAAGGGAAAGCACGGUUUUAUGUUCGAUGCGAAAUGGUUCGCAGUAAAUUCGACUUUUCGUAAGCAUGCCCCAUAAAUCAGCCUAAAAGCGUAUCGAGAAUAAACCAGAUGUUGGUGGUGAAGGAACCAUUAUCCCCGAUCCUCUACUAAAGCCAAAAGAUAGCAACCUGGCAACCUAACCGGGCCUCUGUCGGAGAGAGCGAACCUCUCUGGUGCCUCGAUAUGCUUCCAGCCUUCUCUGCGAACAUCAAGGACCCUGCGGGACAUCCUGCGUUUGACAGCAAAUUAUUCACACGCCCACUAAAAUCGCGCGAGAGGGAGAGUGGACAGCAAUUGGAGAGAUAAAAGGAAUCGCUUCAAUGGUAGCAGCAGGGUUGCUGCAAAAACCCCAGACACGGGACAGUCACUUUUCGCUUCCUUAUCAUAGGUAUGCCGUCUCUGAGUUAUGAGUUCGGUUUGUUACGGUGUACAUUAAUCCCGAAGAAAGCACUAGUGGGAAAGCAAUAGCUUUUCCGUUUGUUUAGGAGAAGCAACAAAAAAAACACAUCGAACCGUGCGUACUCAUCGCAAAGAUCCGUGUAAGACACGUGAACAGAUUGUUCUUUGGUUCGGUGGUAAGGAGAGCAGAAGGAGGAGGUGUUUGUAUGCGCACCCGCACCCAAAGAGUCUGGAUUUGAAUGUUUCACCGCGUUACAGUUCGCCUGCUCGAAGGUCAAAGAGUCUGUGACCAAUUUGCUCUCUUGACAAGACAGGCAAAAUAUGUGAAAUGUUAGAAUAACUGUUACGGUAGAACAAAGUGAUUUAUUGCCGCAGGCGGGCGUUGUAGGCGCAGGCAUCAACGAAAAUUAAUAUUAAAAUUCACUAUCAACCGCGCAGAAGAAGGAUAUACAUCGCCCGAUACUGUGCUGUGUCCUGUUCCCAUUAGAUGACGCACAGAUAUUACGGAAAAGGAAGGAAUAUUUGUCUAAUACAGCGAAGGAAAAAAGAAUCAAGUGCAGAAGUGGGAAGAAUCCUUUUUAUCAUCGCAUCCAGCAGCAUAUCCGGUAUAACUCGUUUGAAUCGUAUGGUGCUGUCUUUUACCGCCAUCUUCACUCGUGGCUUGUUGCCAAACGGUGGUCAAAAACAUUUGCAACGAUUUGAACACAGGAAGCCAAUUAAAAGCUGGUUCUCUCCGGUAGUGAUAGUUCCAGUAGAGCCGCUGAUUGGUGAUGUCCUAAAUUAGCUAGCUUUGACAAUUUCGUAUCCACGUUGUCGGCUAGAAGGUAACCCAGGAAGGGGGAAAGGUAUAAGCUCUCCAAACCAGUAUUCGAUUUUAUUUUUGGCCUGCCCGGUGUGAUGAAAAUAUAAGAAUCGUUGCCAGAACGAAAAUUAUAUUGCAGACGAAACAAACAAAAUCACGGUGUAUGGAAAAGUCAGCGAAACGAGUGACGACGGUUAGGGAAAGCAGAGAAAGUGUGAAAGUGCAUCAUCGUUCUGUAGCUGUCCAACAGCCAGAAAUUGUUGGAUAGUAGUACCAGCAACCAGGGACAGCUUGUACUAAAAAAGGACAAAAAUGGCAUCGACACAGACAGUAGUCGGAUCGGCAAAUGGCGGGACACAGACUGGAUUGCGGGAGUUUGUCGAAGGAUGGACAUUGGCACAAACGCUCGGAGAAGGAGCGUAUGGAGAAGUUAAAUUGCUCAUCAACCGACAAUCAGGUGAAGCUGUGGCGAUGAAGAUGGUUGACCUGAAGAAGCAUCCGGAUGCAGAAAGUUCGGUCAAGAAGGAAGUGUGCAUACAGAAAAUCCUGCAGCACCAAAACAUUCUUAAGUUUUUCGGUAAACGAACGCAAGGCGACAUUGAGUACAUAUUUCUCGAGUAUGCUGCCGGCGGUGAAUUGUUCGAUCGGAUAGAACCCGACGUUGGGAUGCCUCUGCCGGAAGCGCAGCGGUACUUCAAUCAACUGUUAGCCGGUGUCGAUUAUCUGCACACCCGUGGUGUAGCGCACCGUGACCUGAAGCCAGAAAAUUUGCUGCUAGACGAGCAUGACAACGUGAAAAUAUCGGACUUCGGGAUGGCCACCAUGUUUAGAAUGAAGGGCCGAGAACGGUUGCUGGAUAAAAAAUGCGGAACACUACCAUACGUAGCGCCCGAGGUGUUGGUGAAACCGUACCGGGCUACACCGGCCGAUCUGUGGUCGUGCGGUAUCAUCUUGGUUACCAUGCUUGCCGGAGAAUUGCCGUGGGAUCAACCAUCGUCCGGAUGUGCGGAGUAUCUCUGUUGGAAGGAGAACAAAUACACUACCUCAACCCCUUGGUGCAAGCUGGACACGCUCACCCUUUCGCUAUUACGAAAGAUACUGGUGGCAAAUCCCGCCCAAAGGUUAACGCUGGACAAGCUGCAAGACCACAAAUGGUGCCAGACACAGUUUCACCUUCAAGGUAUUGCCGAUAUAGGAGCGAACAAUGGUGGUGGUAUCGGUGCUGGAGGCUGUGAUGUGAUCGAUGGACGGCCAUCGCCUCGUGCGAAACGGCUCUGUUCGAAUCAGGACAUCUCCAGCCCGCUUGAUGAUUCCACCUCACGCAUGUGCCAGUCGCAACCCGUACCGGUCAUCGUACAUACCGAAGUGAAUGGCGUCGAGGAAGCGAUCGAGGCCCGGAACGGGUUCUGCUUCUCACAGCCAACCAUGCUAGACGACCUAAUCCUCUGCACGCAGUUAAAUCCUACGCAGAGCGUGGGCACGCAGCAGCAACAGCAAAAUCCCUUCCAGCGACUGGUACGGCGUAUGACACGUUUCUUCGUCUCGACGCGGUGUGACGAAACGCUGAAGCGGUUGUCGUCCGCGCUGGAAAAGCUCGGCUACAGCUGGAAGUCGAACGAUGAGGGCGUCAUCACGAUAUCGACGAUCGAUCGGCGGAAGCUGCAGCUCAUCUUUAAGGCAAACAUCGUGGAGAUGGAUGGGAAGAUUUUGUGCGAUUUCCGGCUAUCGAAGGGUUGCGGGCUAGAGUUCAAACGCCGCUUCAUCAAGAUAAAGCAAAGCUUGGCAGAUAUCGUGAUGAAGGGCCCGGUCACCUGGCCGAUAGCGAUCGCAACCAACUCUGUGCCUUAAAAGGAUGUAUUUUUGGAGAACCGCUUUCUGGAAUUGUAUUUGUUUUAGGAAGAUUUGAUAGAAUGAUAGGGGGCAAAAGAGCGGAAGAGAGAAUCGUGUUAAACAUUCUUUGGAGAGAUAGUUGUUUUAAAAUGUUGUAUUUUAACUUGCGAAAGAAUCUCGCACAGAAUUGUGGAAUUACAGUGUUCGAACAAAAGUUGUUCAAAAUACUUUAAUACGCUCUGUGAGCGCACGAAUAUGACGUCCUCUUUCUUUUGUGCCAAACUUGGUGUAGAUUUGGGAGGAUGGAUUUGCGAGAAGAGAGACCGACCUACGUAACAAAAUCAAUAGAAGGAAACAAAACAUCAUCUCUAGGCUGGCACUCCUACCAAGGGAAGAUAAUGAACGUUUUAAGGAAAUAGUAGUGUACUCGUCGCCAAACGAUGACGAAAAGGAACCAAUCGAAUGUUGAACCUCUAACGGGUCGCUAAGAUGUUAAAUAGUAUUUCAUGUUACAUGACAGCGAAACAGAAAGAGCAAGAUAUGUCUCGUAUCUCAUCAACCACACUCAAAGUAUCGCCUUUUUAUAAUUCCUAUUUUACACGAAUCUAAACACACAGAAUUAGAAAACCGUAGAGAGAGAUUUCUGUCCUGCAAACGAUGGUGUUAAAUCGCAAAAAUGAUUUGUAAAUUUUUACAUCUCCUAGAGCUUCCUUCCAGUUUUUACACACGAAAGUAAAUAGUAGCCAAGCAAGUUGCAAUCAAUUCACAAUAAAACGUUUUUAAAAGUA